AGGAGAGGGAGAGUUCGCGCAGGUAUUGGUAACGUCGGAGUUACACGCACCGACGCGACUCCUCGCUCGUUCCUCCUUCCUCACGCUGGCACUCGCUCGCGGGCCCCGGCCUGCCCCCUCCUGCGCGUCCCGCACGGGGGCCCGAAGAGUCCCAGAGAGUAUGCUCAGUGUCCGCUCGGCCUCAGCACGCCCCGUGCCGGUGGAACGAGGGACAGGACGUGCUUGUGUACGAGUGCUUCUGAGUGUCCUCGCGCCCGUCGCGCCGCGUUUCCCGAUUGUGUUGUAACGCGCCGCUGCUAACGUCGACCGCACGCGAGCGCGCGCGCGCGCGGCGAAGUCGCGAUCCACGGGGUCGUCGCGGUGGAGGCGAGCGUCGUCGAGAGAGUGCUCCGCACGGACGAGUGUUGGCGUGGCGUGGCGUGGCGUGGCGCGCCGCAAAGUGGACGCGAGUCGGCGUCUCGCGACGAUUGAUCGCCGCCGAAGGACCGUCGUCGGACGAGGAUCGUUCGCGUAGCCGGGCGACCUCGUUCGACCUCCGCGGCUGUCAUCCACGCCCGGCUCUCCGCCGCGCGCGCCGGAGUGAGAGAAGACCCGACCGACGUCCGGCUGCAGCGCGAGGCCACUCAAUCACAGCGCCAGUCGAGCUCCGUACUCCAGGGAACGCGUCUGUUCCGCGGGCCACCUGUGUGUCCAGCGGAGAUCUCCUGCGACCCACGAGGCGUCUCCGGCGUUGACGUUAACGUCCUUGAUUCGCGAGACCGGACGUUUCCGCUCGCGGCCAAGUGGACUCUCUCUCUCUCUCUCUCUCUCUCUCUCUGACCGAGAGUCGUCCGCACGAGGACGAUGACGUGCUGCGAGGAGCACGAUUGAGUCCUCCGAGCCGUGCGACGACCGCUCCGCCGUCGUCGAGGAGAGACCCGCUCGUGGCAUUAGACGCCGCUCCGCGUCGGCUCCGAGAGGAACGUCUUUAUUCCGUCCGACGUCUCCAUCGCGUCGGGCGCGCGCAUCUCCGUCGUUCCGUACGCAAUACUACUCCCUCGGGCGUGGAUGCGGCGCGACGUCGACGGCUCGAGGUAUGAUGGACAGAGCUGCUACGGAGGACCCGGCCGAGAGUCGCAGUCGCCUCUAUCAUUACCGCGACUCAUGGACGCGCAUUUAUGGGAAGCGACGGGUCGCUGAACGUGCUCGCUGAAGAUCGUGGGAAGUGAAGCGCCCGCUCGGCGGGGGAUGAAGUAGCGGCUGUCGCGCGGGAGAAGUCCUCGACUGCCGCCUGGGAUCUACCUGCUCGGUCGAUCGAUCGAUCGAUCGAUCGAUCGAGAUCGGUCCACUCGACUCGUCGCCGGACAUAUCUCGGAGGAAACUCCGCGAAGUGUAUCCCCUCGUUCACGGCUCCUCCACGGGGACCCGAGAUCGGGAGAACGAGUGUCCUCGAAGAGAUCGUUACUCGCGUUCGAACGACGGGCUGUUCUUCCUCGAAGAACUAGUGCACACUUUCGGAGGAACUUGGGAGGAAGCAGGCCGAGGCUCGGCGGAAGAAGGAGGAAGAGAGAAGCAACGCGAGUUAAUGCUUAGGUCAUGCGGCGGGAAGGAACAGACUGAGUGCGAACAAGAGAGAGAGAGAGAGAGGAGGGAGGGAGGAAGAGAUCUCUCCGCGCGUUUCCGCGUCGAGAGCUCUCGCCGGGAAAAGAGCGGAAAGUGAGCGGCUCCAGACGCCGUGGAGAGCAGCACAGCCACCCUGGCGCGAUAGGCCUUUAAUACGCUCGCACGCAGAAGGGUUCCUGCGUCAACAAAAAGCCCGGUUGCCCUGGAGCGAGCCGUACAGCGUCGCCUUAUUAGCUUUCGCUGGAGGACGGACGACCGCGAAAACGGACAUAAUAUAGCGAGGAGGAAGGAAAGCGAGCGCGAGGAAAGGACCCCGUCGACGCCCUCCUCAGACUAGAAGGUCUCGCCACUCUCGGCGAUUAUUACCGUCGGCUCGGGGCGGAGACGCGAGAGAGAGAGAGAGCGAGAGAGAGAGACGCCGGUGGAGUCGAUCUUAACGACGACCGUCCGCGUCGGGUCCGGAUGUUGUUGCCCGUUGGCCGCCGCCGCCGUCGCCGUCGUCGUCGCGCUCGUGCUCGUGCUCGCGGUCCUGACCGGUGCGCGCAGGAGGACGAGGAGGAAGCAUGUCGAGCUUAGCGCGGAGGAGACGCACGGCCGUGCUCGGCUCCAAGCGAUGGUGGCAAGGUGGCUGUUGGGCUACCAGGAGCCACCAGGAGGCGUACCUGCGCAAGCUCUACGGCAGGAGGAACGACAGCCAGAAGGCCGGCGGCAGCCCGAACGACGAGGACCUCGGGGCGACGCGGCCUCGGGACCUCGAGGCAGCCUGGACGCCAGCCGGGCUCGUCUACGAGCUGCCGGCCGCCGACGAGCACUACCUCGACGCGUUCCUGAGGAACCGCGACGACGAUGACGCCAACGACGUCGACGACGUCGACGACGUGGUCGCCGCGGUGGUCGGCUGCUCGCCGUUGGCGGCCUCGCGAGCCAGCCCGACGGAGAAGUGCGUGGAGUUCCUGAAGGGCGCCCAUGACGACGGGACCAGUUUCGCGGCCGACCACCGCGUCUCCCGUGCCGCGGGAGACGCGGAAUGCGGCCGCGUAGCCGAGUGCGGCUCCGUGCAUUCGGCUUACGAUGUGGCCGGCUGUUCUUCGGAGAAGGUGUGCAGGAGCUGCAGGUGCCCGCGGGAGGAGCACCAGCGGACCUCAACGGAGGCGGGAGGUCCCUCGGGACUCGGCCUGGGCCCGGGCCCGCCGAUGGCGAUGGCCAUGGCGUUCCCGAGCGGCGCCGGCGGCGCGCCUCACCAGGAGCCGUUCAAGAGCCCGGUGCAAGCUGCCCCGGCCGGCCUGGCGCUGCAGGAGGCUCUGAUGCACCACCAGAGGCAUUCGCAGAGCGACGACGACAGCGGCUGCGCGCUCGAGGAGUAUACCUGGGUGCCGCCCGGACUCAGGCCCGACCAGGUGCACCUGUACUUCAGCGCACUACCCGAGGACAAGAUCCCGUACGCGGGUAGCGCCGGCGAGCGGGAGCGGGUGAAGCAACUGCUGCAGCAGCUACCGCCGCACGACAACGAGGCGCGAUACUGCAGCGGCCUGAGCGAGGAGGAGAAGCGCGAGCUACGGGUGUUCGCAGCGCAGCGGAAACGCGAAGCCUUAGGCCGCGGCCACGCGAGCCAGCUCGAGCGUCCGCACGGCGCGGGAUGUCGAGAGUGUGGAAGGCCAAUUGCGGCGGGCGAGAUGGCGAUCACUGCCAGCCGCUCUGGUCCCGCGGCACUUUGGCAUCCCGCCUGCUUCGUCUGCUGCGUAUGUCGUCAACUACUCGUGGACCUGAUCUACUUCUGGAGAGAUGGCAGGCUAUACUGCGGUCGGCAUCACGCCGAGACUCUCAAGCCACGGUGUUGCGCAUGCGACGAAAUCAUUCUCGCCGACGAGUGUACCGAAGCCGAAGGCAGGGCAUGGCACAUGCGUCACUUCGCUUGUCUGGAAUGCGAUCGACAGCUCGGCGGCCAGAGAUACGUUAUGAGGGAGGGACGACCUUACUGCUUGCGCUGCUUCGAUGCGUCAUUCGCCGAGUACUGCGAUAGCUGCGGCGAGCCGAUAGGAGUCGACCAGGGUCAAAUGUCGCACGAAGGUCAACAUUGGCACGCGACCGAGUCAUGCUUCAGUUGCGCAACGUGUCGCACAUCCCUUCUGGGCCGGCCAUUUUUGCCACGCCGAGGAGCCAUUUACUGCAGCAUAGCGUGCAGCAAGGGUGAGCCGCCGACAACACCAAGUGACUCCUCCGCCGGCCCGCCACCGCCACCGCCUUCUUUCCUCAGGACUGGUAGGAGGCAAGCGGUGGCUACGAGCGAGGGUUCGUCGAGUCCACCACCACCUCCUCCACCGCCCCCUCCUCCAGGUUCGAGACACACUCUCGGAUCACCUAGGAGUUCGCCUCGGAUGAGCAGAAAGCAUCAGCAGGUUUCCGCGUCCUUAGCGACGACGCCCACUCAGAGUACUCUGAGCCCAGAGUUCGUCGUGGAAGGCUUCCCCACUAGCGGCUCCAGACCCAGUGGCCUCGACAGGGUGCUCCUGGAACGGAACCUUGAGAGAUUGCUGCAGGAACGUGGCUCUCUAAACCCCGACGAUAACCGCUCCGAAUUGGGAAGGCUGAUGCAGGCGCGGGACCGAGAGCCUCUCAGAUGCGUUCAGAACUGCACACCUUCCCACGCGUCGAGCAUGCCGGAACUGCCGCCGCCCCCGCGGCCGUCGUCGGGAGCGUCAGCGUCGACGUCGACCGCCGGUGUGCUGGCGCAGGAGACGGCGACGUCGCCGGUCAAUCCCAUCGGAACCAGCCAGACGGAUCCGCCGACGCCGACGUCGCGACGCGUGCGAUUCCAAGGGGACCUGGACGUCAACGAUCACGGCGCGUCGUCGCGCAUGCCCCUCCCGCCCCCGGCCCCGAACGACCGGAACUCGUCGUCGUCGCCCUCCCCACCGCCUGUGUCGUUGACGAGGACGAACGUGUCCCGAUCGAGGAGCCUGCAGCCCGACGAGGUCGCCAGCACGUCGACCUGGGGUACGGCGGGUACCUCUAGGUCGAGGAUGGACGGCGAGGACGACGACGUGGAGAGCUGCUGUUCAACGUGCAGCUCGUCCAGCAGUUCGGACGAAGCCGCGGCUUACGCGCUGCCGCCCCGGCGAGCCUACGGCGGCGUCAGGAUCUCCUACGUGCCGAACGAUGCGGUGGCGUGCGCGAGGAAACGCGCGCCCGCGUCCUCGUCGUCGUCAAACCAGGCGCAGAAGGACGCGGAAAAGUGCGUCGUAUCUUGAUGACUCCCCCGACGACGAUCCACACGUCGCCUCCGACGUCGCCCCGUCGCCGUGACCUUGAGGACGAGAGACGAGCGGCGGGCUACCUCGGCGGAAACAGAGUUCCUACGAAGUGUGGACGCACUUUCCGAUUACUUUAACGCGAGCGUCGUCCGCGCCAGGCGAGCACGGCAUAUCGCGCUCCCUCCUGGACGCGCCCGUGCGGCGGCGCGAUGACAAAUACUCACUUUAUUCGUGUACAUACUGAGCUCUCUUCCGGGACGGUCGCGCCCGUCCCUUUAUUUUUAAUACCCCAUUAAUGUAUUUGAUAAUAAUAACGAUGACGAUGAUAAUAAAUCUCCGUGUAUGUGUGUGUGUGUGUGUGUGUGUGUGUGCGCGCCUCGAUCUGCUAUCGUUACGUUCGCCGCUGUCUUGCCUCGCUCGGCCAGUCGUAAUGAUUCUUUGUUCUUUCUGUUUCUUUCUCUCUUUCUUUCUCUCUCUCUCUCUCUCUCGCGCGCGCGCGCGCGCGCUCACUCUUUCUCCGUCUGCAAACGGACAUUUGCGUGCAAGACCGAAGCUGUUUAGCGUGAGUAUACCUUCUGAUUACACGCUAUUAUCUUGCGCACGUACGCUCGGCCGUUUAUCGUAAAGCUCAGCGACGAUACGAUAAUCAUUCUCGUCAAAGACCAUUUCCGACGGUGGAAAGCCCGCCGAAGAAACGCUGGUCAUUGCGGGACGAGCGACCAAGUGUCGCUCCGUCACGCAUUCAUCUCGGCGAGGAUCCUCAACCGCAUGCUGAGAGAAAAGAAAUAGCUA